AGACACUUCGCGAAAGCCAACGUGGUUGUCCGCUUUUAACAUUUGAUACAGAUUUAUUUCGAAUUUUUCAUUUUUGUGUUGUUCAUUUUAUCGAUAAUUAAGAAUGAAGGAACAUUAUAAAAUUUGGAGCCGCUUGUUGCAAAGAUCGUAUUCCGUUGUUAGCACGGUAAACAAGGACGAAAACGCGCCUGAAACUGGCCCUAAAAGGGAUCCGAAACGUUUAAGUUUUAAUGGAGCUCGAAAAAAAACUCCCCUAACCGUCGGCUUAAUAGGAUUAAUAUUAUUAGCAGUUGCCACAUCAAUAAUGUUCGUACAUCCAUACGAUAUCAUGUUUAAAUGGAAAAUUAUAUUCACAGAAGGAGGCGAAAUUUUCGAAACGUGGCGCUUACCACCGGUUGAUUUAUACCUCCGCGUGCACCUGUUUAACAUCACGAACGCGGAGGAGUUCUUACGCGGCGAAGAUGAAAAGUUGAAAGUUAAAGAAGUGGGUCCCUACGUCUACAGAGAGGUGAUGACCCACGAGAACGUUACUUUCAACGAAAACGGGACGGUUUCCGCGAUUCCGAAACACCCAUUGGAGUGGGUGCCCGAAUUGUCAAACGGGGACCACGAAAAAGACCAAUUAACCCUAAUCAACAUCGCCUUGUUGAGUAUAGCAGACGUAAUUUCAAAAAAGUCGGUUUGGCAACGUUGGGGACUCAACGUCCUAAUUAAGCAAACAAAAACACAGCCGAUUGUUAAAAUGUCACCGAAAGAAUUCAUGUUUGGUUAUCAAAGCACUUUGAUGACUUUGGGGUAUCAAUUUUUACCUACUUGGAUUAAUUUUGAUAAAUUAGGAUUAAUUGAUAGAAUGUAUCAUUUUGAUGGCGAUUACGAAACGGUUUACACCGGAAAAAAUGACGUUACAAAAGCCGGUUUGAUCGAUACUUAUUGUGGAUCGACCCAUAUUCCUCAAUGGGAAGGUUAUUGUGGCGACAUCCAAUACUCAUCGGAUGGAACGAAAUUCGAGAGCCAUCUAGAUUCGAAUAGGACGUUAAAAUUUUUCCGGAAGAGUUUGUGCCGCGCGAAACCCAUCGAAAAAGUCAACGAAACGGUGUCGUCGGGACUCCGAGGGUUCGUCUAUAAGUUUCCGAAAAACGCCAACGAUAACGGAUUUUACGACGAAAAGAAUAAAUGUUUUUGCCGCGAGGAGCCGUGCUUGCCGCGCGGGUUGCUCGAUGUUAGGGAAUGUUAUUAUGGAUUUCCGAUCGCGCUGAGUUAUCCGCAUUUCUUGGACGGGGAUGAGAGUCUGUUUAAAGACGUGGAGGGGAUGGUACCGGAUCGGACGAAACACGAAAGUUAUUUCGUUAUUAAUCCGGAAUCCGGACUUCCGCUCGAUUUGGCGGUUCGUUACCAAAUAAACAUGGCCAUAGGCGACACUUCCGGCGUUAGUAACUCGGAUAAAUUCGCGAAUAAGAUCAUUCCAAUGUUAUGGACUGAAAACAGACUUUACAAGUUACCGGAAUCGUUAGCGACUCGUUUCAAAAUGUACCUAACGAUCCUUCCGUGGGGUGAAACGGCGGCAAUCGGUGCUUUUUUCAUUUUAGGCGUUACAUUCAUCUUAUUAAGUUUACAUCGAUAUAGAACGUCGAAAAAAUUGGACGUAAAUUGGUUGGGUGAGAAUGAAAAUCGAAUUGAACGAAAACUUUCGGUUUAUCUCCCAGAUAAUAAAAGUAACAUGUCUAAUAAAGAACUGGAAGUGUAUUAUAACAGUUUGGUGGCGCCUUUAAAUCAAAAAAUUGACAUCGAACACGAAACCGAUGAAGACAUUGAAUAAGCGGCAAGAAAUAUUAUAAAAGAAAUUGUGAUAUUUACGAUUUAAGUUGAUUAAAUUGAUUUUUCCUUUAAA